AUGGUUCCAAGAGCGCCUUCAAGAGAGGCUUUGACCUUGCUUAAGCAUUCUGUACGACCCUCAGUAGUCGUUCGAUCGCAAACACAACGCUGCCUCCUCUCGUCCACUUCGCGUCCUACGCUACCAUCGCACACCCAAUCGCGGAUCACCUCCCAAACAGUUCGCAAUACUGCUACCUUUACGCAUUCACACCAUGCCGAAGCCGUCUCUGUGAUCCCCACGAACGUCGACACGAGCAAUGCGGACUUCAAAGAGAACAAGCGCCAAAUGGACGAGGCGACCGAGAACCUGGUUAAUCUGCACACAAAGAUUGCGCGAGGUGGACCGCAGAAGGCUCGCGACAAGCACAUACAGCGAGGCAAGAUGUUGGUCAGAGACAGAAUAUCUGCACUCGUUGACCCGGGCACGCCUUUCCUCGAACUGAGUCAGAUGGCAGGUUACAACAUGUACGGAGAAGAUGAUGUACCUGCAGGCGGUAUCGUCACUGGAAUUGGUACAGUCAACGGUGUGCAAUGCAUGGUUGUCGCCAAUGACGCCACAGUCAAGGGAGGCACAUACUACCCCGUCACCGUGAAGAAGCAUCUGCGAGCCCAGACGAUCGCUCAAGAGAACCGGUUACCCUGCAUCUACCUCGUCGACUCUGGGGGUGCGAACCUGCCCAACCAAGCAGAUGUGUUCCCAGAUGUCAACCACUUUGGCCGCAUCUUCUACAACCAAGCGCGCAUGUCGGGCAUGGGUAUCCCGCAGAUCAGUGUUGUCAUGGGACCAUGUACCGCGGGUGGUGCUUAUGUGCCUAGUAUGAGCGACGAGAACAUCAUCGUCGAAAACCAGGGUCAUAUUUUCCUUGCCGGGCCACCGCUCGUCAAGGCAGCGACUGGCGAGGUGGUCUCAGCGGAAGACUUGGGUGGAGGCAAGCUUCACAGUGAGGUCUCUGGUGUUACAGACUAUCUCGCAGUUGACGACGCGCACGCACUUGUCCUUGCUCGGAGGAGCGUCGGCAACUUGAACUGGCACCGUAACCAGACUGUCACUUCGCAGCCGACUUUCCAGGAGCCUCUCUACGACCCCCAGGAGCUUUCAGGCAUCGUCGGCACCAAUCUACGCCGUCAAAUCCCCAUCCACGAGAUCAUUGCACGCAUCGUCGACGGGUCUUCUUUCGACGAAUUCAAGCCACUGUACGGUUCUACUCUGGUGACUGGUUUCGCAAAGAUAUACGGUCAACCCGUGGGUAUCGUAGCCAACAACGGCAUUCUCUUCAGUGAGAGCUCGCUCAAGGGCGCACACUUUGUCCAGCUCUGUGGCAAGCGACACAUCCCCCUCAUCUUCCUCCAAAACAUCUCAGGAUUCAUGGUCGGCCAGGACGCCGAGAAGGGCGGCAUUGCAAAGAACGGCGCAAAGCUCGUAACAGCCGUGAGCUGCGUUGACGUACCCAAGUUCACAGUCGUCGUCGGAUCUAGUGCUGGCGCUGGAAACUACGGCAUGUGCGGCCGCGCGUACUCCCCCCGACUUAUGUUCACCUGGCCCAACGCAAAGACGUCGGUCAUGGGCGCAGAACAGCUAUCGUCCGUCAUGGAAGCCGUGGGCAAGAAAGUGGAUCCCGCGCUAAAGGCACGGAUCGAGCACGAGAGUGAGGCCACCUUCGGGUCGGCAAGGCUAUGGGACGAUGGUAUCAUACCGCCGGAACACACACGGAGGGUGCUUGGCAUGGGCUUGCAGAUGGCGUGCGGUGGGCAGAACAAGGGCGUGGAGAAGGAGAGCACCUGGGCCUCUAUCAACGAUGUCUCCUCCCAGGUUGCCAAACAGCUCGUUGCGCAAUAUGCGACUAUCGACGAUAAGGGCAUCCAUGUACUCGGUGGUUACCCGGGUAUCCUCUACGAACCGUACUACUGGUGGCAGGCGGGUGCCAUGUUCGGUACCCUCCUCGACUACUGGCACUACACUGGCGACGAUCAGUACAAUGAGAUGGUCCGCGAGGGACUGAUACACCAAUUUGGUGAGCAUCAAGACCUGAUGCCCUCCAACCAGUCCAAGAACGAAGGAAACGAUGAUCAAGUUUUCUGGGCCUUCUCCAUGAUCGCCGCCGCCGAAUACAAACUCAAAGAUCCUCCCUCAGACCAGCCCGGUUGGCUCGCCAUGACACAGUCCGUCUUCAACCAAUUCGUCGGCCGCUACCAGAAGGAGGUGUCCGAUGGCACUUGCGGCGGUGGCAUGCGCUGGCAGAUCUAUCCGUGGCUUAAUGGGUGGACGUAUAAAAACACCGCAUCCAACGGAGGACUCUUCCAUCUCGGCGCGCGAUUGGCCAUGUACACAAAGAACGACACAUAUGCCAAGUGGGCCGAGAAGGCAUUCGACUGGAUGGCGAAUAGUCCUAUUCUGCCUGGUGACGGUCAAGUCUACGACGGAACCAGUAUCAGCACGAACCCUCCAUGCAGCGACGCCGAUCAAACGCCCUGGACCUACAACUACGGUAUCAUGAUUGCAGGAGCAGCAUACAUGUACAACUACACCAACGGCGCCGACAAGUGGCGCAACGAACUCACCAAAUUCAUCAACAAAGUCGCCAUCUUCUUCCCCGAAGACAAAGGCGGCGUCAUGGUCGAAAUUUGCGAAGCAAACAUCGUCUGCGACGCGGACCAGGAAUCCUUCAAAGCGUACCUCGCCCGCUGGCUCGGCAUCACCAUGCAAAUGGCCCCCGAAUUCACGCCGCAAAUCAUGCCCAAGCUGCAAAAGUCCGCGGUAGCUGCUGCGCAAACAUGCGAGGGUCCGUCUGACCACGGCGGCGGCAAUCACCAGUGCGGUAUGAGUUGGUGGAAGCAGGGCUGGGACAACAUCAAGGGCGUGGGACCGCAGAUGACGGCCCUCAACGUCAUCAGUGUGUUGAAUGCGCAGAGAGUGCCGCCGCCGUACUCACGCGAUACCGGUGGUACUUCUGAAGGCAACCCCGGGUUAGGCUCUGGAAACGACGCCGACCGAUUACCCAAGUUCCAAUCCGAAAUUACCACUGGGGAUAAAGCGGGCGCGGCGAUCCUCACUAUCCUCAUAUUCGCUUUGUUCGUUGGUGGGUCGGUCUGGAUAUUGAUGUAA